AUGCCUCCUCGCACCAAUUCGACUCCUACCAAGAACCGUGGUCGUACUGCUGGCCGAAAGUCAAUCAAGUCUGAUAAGAUGGUCGCUGACUCUGAUGUUGAGAUGGAUGAGACCUCACCUUCAAAGCAGAAGAUAACUGCAGUAAAGUCAACUCCCAAAGCUGUAGUGCCUAUGCCUCGUAAUGUGAAGGCCAAAAACAUGGUGGACUAUAGUGAUGAGGAUACAGUAACAAGGGAGAAGGCAAUCACUAUCCCUCGCAAAGGUGGUAAGGAUAAGAAGACCAUAGACAACAGCGAUGAGGAUAUGGCAGUGAGUUCUCCUCAUAAAGCUGGUAAGUAUCAGAAGGUUGUCGAGAGCAGCGAUGAUGAUGAAACCAAUCUUGCUUCAUGUGUGUCCGGUCGUACCGCUGCCAAGAUGGCUAAUGCUAAGCUGAAGGACGUAUUCAUGGACAAUGACUCCGAUGUCGAGCAGUCUUUGGAGAGUGAUGCGGCUCUACCAAUCAAUGAACCCGAAAUCACGGAAACUCCCAAGAAGAAGGCGAAUAAGGCAUUUGUUCUUUUGCCGACUCCCAUUAGUCCUUCGCCCAACAAAGGAAAGGCGACUCGUACACCCACCAAGCGAGUUUAUAUCAGUGAUUCUGACAAGGAUGCAGAGCCGGAACAAUCUUCUCCUAUGAAGAAAGGUCGUAACAGGCAAAGUAGGCCUGACUCUGAAGCAGAAGCAUCGACAGAGCAAUCCAAGCUUAAUCAUUAUGAUGUUAUGAUCCUACUGCACCUUGCCAUGACAAAGAUGUUGGAGCAGGAGAGACAAGAUUUUUCCUUGCAAGUAAAGCAAUACGAUCCUAGAGACCGCGAGUAUGUUAAUAGCACAGGUAUCUAA